UCUUUCAGAUGUUCCUCCUGCGGAUCAAGAGAAGCUUUUUAUCCAGAAGCUACGUCAGUGUUGUGUCCUCUUUGACUUUGUUUCUGACCCACUGAGUGACCUGAAGUGGAAGGAAGUAAAGCGAGCUGCGCUGAGCGAGAUGGUGGAAUACAUCACCCACAACCGGAAUGUGAUCACAGAGCCCAUCUACCCGGAGGCCGUCCACAUGUUUGCAGUUAACAUGUUUCGAACCUUGCCACCCUCCUCCAAUCCUACGGGAGCAGAAUUCGACCCAGAAGAAGAUGAACCAACGUUAGAAGCAGCCUGGCCUCAUCUGCAGCUUGUUUAUGAAUUUUUCUUAAGAUUUUUAGAGUCUCCAGAUUUCCAGCCCAAUAUAGCAAAGAAAUAUAUUGAUCAGAAGUUUGUAUUGCAGCUUCUAGAGCUCUUUGACAGCGAGGACCCUCGGGAGAGAGACUUUCUAAAAACGACCUUGCACAGAAUUUAUGGGAAGUUCUUAGGCCUGCGCGCGUACAUCAGGAAACAGAUCAAUAAUAUAUUUUAUAGGUUUAUCUACGAGACAGAGCACCACAAUGGCAUAGCAGAGUUACUGGAGAUCCUGGGGAGUAUAAUUAAUGGAUUUGCCUUACCACUAAAGGAAGAGCACAAGAUUUUCCUGUUGAAGGUGUUGCUGCCCUUGCACAAAGUGAAGUCCCUGAGUGUCUACCAUCCCCAGCUGGCGUACUGUGUCGUGCAGUUUUUAGAGAAGGACAGCACCCUCACUGAACCAGUGGUAAUGGCACUUCUCAAAUACUGGCCAAAGACUCACAGUCCAAAAGAAGUAAUGUUCUUAAAUGAAUUAGAAGAAAUUUUAGAUGUAAUUGAACCAUCAGAAUUUGUGAAGAUCAUGGAACCUCUUUUCCGACAGUUAGCCAAAUGUGUUUCCAGCCCUCACUUCCAGGUGGCAGAGCGGGCGCUCUAUUACUGGAACAAUGAGUACAUCAUGAGUCUAAUCAGUGACAAUGCAGCCAAGAUUCUGCCCAUCAUGUUCCCGUCCUUAUACCGCAACUCGAAGACCCACUGGAACAAGACAAUACACGGCUUGAUAUACAAUGCUCUGAAACUCUUCAUGGAGAUGAACCAGAAACUCUUCGAUGACUGCACCCAGCAGUUCAAAGCAGAGAAACUCAAAGAGAAGCUAAAAAUGAAAGAGCGAGAAGAAGCAUGGGUUAAAAUAGAAAAUCUAGCCAAAGCGAAUCCCCAGUAUGCAGUGUAUAGUCAAGCCAGCGCCGUGAGCAUUCCAGUUGCCAUGGAGACAGAUGGGCCUCAGUUUGAAGAUGUGCAGAUGCUGAAAAAGACCGUGAGCGACGAGACUCGUCAGGCACAGAAGGAUCUGAAGAAGGACCGUCCCCUUGUGCGCCGCAAGUCCGAGCUGCCUCAGGACCCCCACACCGAGAAAGCCUUGGAAGCUCACUGCAGAGCCAGUGAGCUACUCUCCCAGGACGGGCGCUAGCGUCUGGAGCAGCACGCCGAGCUGGGCCUGUCAGUUCUCUUCUGGAUGCUGUAGAAAAGACAUACUGUUUGUGCCAUACCAGUCAGUUACACUCAAAAGUCAAAGCUUCCUCUGACCCCGUUCUGUAGGCGAUAACGCACGCCUGCCUCCACUCGAGACCAGGAGUUCAAACAAUGGUGGCUUCUCUGGCCCUGCUGGCCAAGCAGGGGGCUGGGGGAGUUGGUGACAGCGUCAUCACCAUGUUGUCACCACCCCAGCACAGCCCUGAGUGAGAUCCAAAGUCAGAGCUGUAGGAAAGCACCCUGGCUGUCAUCUUGUGGCCAGUGGCCCCUGUGCUCCUCUGAAAUAGGUCUUCUGUGGGAGUACUGAUGACGUUUCAAAUCAAAGGCACAUGGCAAAAGGUAUCUCCUCCUUUUUAAGACUUUACAACCCUUGACGUUGCUCCCAUGCUUGCUGUGCCAGCAGCAGCAGUUGUUGUUGGGUAGGUCUCACAGAGAUGGCUCUUCGCUUUCACAUUCUAGCUGUCUGCCAGGGAAGAGGCCAGCCAUCCUCAGCGCUGGGACCGUGCAAAGGUCUUUCUUUCCUUUGAUUAAUGGCACGCUCACCAUGUCCCUCUUCCCUUAAUGUCUACGGAAAGCCAUAUUUUAUAGUCUGUGGUAGAGGCCAGGGUUCCACCUAAGCACAAGGGAGAGAGCUCUGAAUCGUACUUCCUCAGUCCACCUUGAGGAGAACCGCAAUGUUGAAAUUAUGUGUUCAUAUUUUUAUUUGCAGAAUCAGUCUUUUCACCUACUUACACAUGAUCCUUCAACAAGGCUCUUGAAUUGAUAAAGAUUACAGGAUCUAAGAUUUCCACAUUUGUAGAAAGUUACAGUAAAUUAACCCACUUGGCCUACUGCAAACUGCAGCCUGCCUGUGGCCGUACUGCAGGUCGCGCUGUGUGGGGCGCCCUCAGUGAGCCUUUCUGUUGGAAAAAGCACAUGCUACCAAGCUCGCAAGGAAUAGUGCAGUGUCUCCGUUUCCACUGGCCUUCACAUGCUGCUACAGGCUUCACAGAAUUCUUGCAUGGAUUAAGCUUCUGUUUUAGAUGGAAUAGCACGAGGAGAAAAAAAUCCUUAAACUUAGUGCUUUGUCUAGUCUUUGUUUUCUCUCAGGGUGGCCAGUAUUUUGACUUAUUUAUCCUGCUUGAAAGCUGCUUGAGAUGUGUACUGCUAUUCUGAACAGUGACAAGUUUCUUUUGUCUCCAGCAUAUCUAUAUCUUAGUGUUACAUGUCUUGAUGCGUAAGAUACGGUAAAAAUGUGGCUUCUUUUAAAACCUGAUUUUUUUUUUUUUUAAUCGUGCUCUCGGGUAUCCAUGAAAAGUUGUGAAAUCAGACAUUGCUCUCGUGUGGCCAUGGAGGCUGCUUCUGGGUCCCCUUAGACGGCUGCUGAUGCUCAUGCAACAUGGCCGGGAAGAAGGACAUGUGCAGGGAGGAGAGCCGCCAGCGUGGCUAACCAGAAGGGCGGCCCCAGCUGAGGGUGGACAGGUUGGCCGCUUGGGUGAGAACACUUCCUGAGAAACUUGACGAGUAUCUAUCCACUUUACCAUUAUGAAAUCUAUAAUUUAAAAAAAAAAGUUGAGAUGCCUUCUCCUUCUGAGGGAAAAAGGGUGCUUUUAUUGUAUAAAGCAGCGUCUCUGUGUUUUGAUACCCCACUGUUUGAACUCUCGUCUUUAGCUGGUAGAGUCUCAGAUAUCCCUGACGUGGGGCAUUCUGUGUGUGGUGAGAGGUCCCGAGAGGCUCCUUUGCCCUGCGUGAAAAAGCAAGCUAUCAGUGUACGGGUGAUUGUGCAAAACUCAGCACGGCAGAACAUCUUCUGGUCUAGGUUUUAUUUCUGCUCUUUAUUGAAGACAAACAUUCGCCAAUAAAGAAAAGAAAAAAAUGUUUUGAGAUAAACUAAUUUUCUUUGACAAGAGUAUUACUUAAUUUUUUGGCCUAUUAAGGUUCUCCUAGUUAGUACUCGGAUUACCUGUGCUAAUUGUUCAACUUGUAUAUUGUUAAGACACACUGUUGAUUCUGACUGUUUUUCUUCCCAUGGCUCUAGUUUGGCACCUUCAGUCUUUCCACAGUGUGUCUGUGUGCCAGAGAUGUCACAGUUCAAGUGUCUUUCCAGUGUGGCUCUGUAUGGCUUCCUUUGAACAUUGUACAUACAUUGUAUCUUUGUUUUAUGGUAAUAAGUAAUAAAAAAUGUAGACUUCGUAUUUUGUACAAAAUGUCCUAUGUACAGAAUAAAAAAAAGUUCAUAGAAACAGCAAAAA